AUGGUCGAUUCAAAGACGGACAAAGCCACCAAGUUGAAAAUCGAGGGCAUCGAUUCCUCGCACGACCUGAUCUUGCACGGCAUUGACAUCUUGGUGCCGAAAGACGACGACUCUAAGAUCUACCUCUUCGCCGUCAACCACGAUCGCAAAGGAGAAGCCAUCGUCCUGUUCUCCCACACCAUCGGCUCCGACGUGUUGACGUACGUUCGCGAAUUCAAGCAUCCAGCUAUCAAGACACCCAAUGCCGUGGCCGCGACGAGUUUGAGCUCCUUCUUCAUCACCAACGACCACUACUUCUACGGCGGCGGGCCAUUGGCAACCAUCCUCCGCAGCCACGAAGACCACUGGGGACCGUGGAAGUGGGCCUCAGACGUCGUCUACUGCAACGCCUCGUCGGACCCGUCGUCCCACGAGAUCGACUGCAAGACCGUCUCGCCGCCGAACGCCCACCCGAGCGCAAACGGCGCGCUUCUGGUCGACGACGGGAAGACGCUGAUGGUGAAUGAUGUCGUCGAGGCGACGACCACGAUUUACGAUGUCGACCCCGAGACCAAGACCUUGACUGUGAGGAAGAAAGUCCAACUCGGCGCCGCGGCGGACAACCUCUCGCUCAUACCUGGAACAGACGAUAUCGCAGUGUGCAUCUUCCCCGACGUCCUGGCACUCAAAACGCGCUUGAGCGGCGACCACCUCCUCGACUAUGGCUUCAAGGGCGAGGCGGGCAUCCUGCGCCUGGUCAAGGCGCGUGACUACGAGCCCGAGCUGCUGUACUGGGACGACGGGUCGCUGAUCACCGUGCUGACGGGCGCGGCCGUGGACCCCGUGCACGGCAAGGUCAUCGCCGGCGGCGUCGUCGAGAGGUAUUUUAUUGUUUGCGAUGUCGAUGUCUGA